AUGUCUACAGAGGAGAACCAUGAAGACAGCAAGGCCACACUAAAAACACGUCAACUGCUCCGUGGAGAGAUCACGUACGAGCAGGCCCUUGACAGCGACAACAACAUGCUCAUCCCAUUGGGCUACCGAGAUCAAAAGCUGGAGAUGUAUCUUUACUUUAAUCGACAUCGGAAAGAGAUCAAAACUGCUGUCGCUCAUCAUCUCGGAAUUUCAGUUGACAGAUGUCACAUUGCCAAGAUCGAAGAUUGGAUUCACGGAAGCUUUAACGUUUGCCUUCGAAUCGAUGUCGACUCUAGUAACCGAAACCACCUUGAUGAUCCAAAGAUUAACCCUGAGAAACAAUGCAUGCUUCGAUUUCCCUUAUUCUUUGGAGUUGGAGAGAAUAUUUGCCCCGGAAAUGCAGACGAGAAGGUCCGCUGCGAAGCUGCGACCUAUGCAUGGCUUCAAGAGAACUGUCCUACAAUUCCUAUUCCCCAACUCCAUGGAUUUGGCCUAUUAAUGGUCAAACCUUCACUUUUGUUGACAACUUGUCUAUACUCAAGCGAAUCGCUCACCGUGUACGCCAUCUAUUUUUCUAUUGGCUAG